GAAAAUACUUAACUUUACUAUUUAUAGAUUUAGAUGUUUACAAAAAAUGCCGACUGAAAAUGGGACUCUUGUGAAUCUAGUAAAAGUUCAUAGACGUUCGUUACAUCCACAGCCGUUACUAUCACCGUGGCUCAGGUGUACCAAGAGCAGAAUUGACUAGAAAGGGAUCACAGGAAGUAUAAUGGAGGAUAACCUCGCCAAAAAGAGCAAACAAUCAAAACCUCUUCAAAUUGUUGUUAUUGGUCCUGGUGCCUCCGGAAAAACACAGUUAUGCAAUAGGUUUGCAGGAAAUGAUUUUAAAGGCGAUUCCGUAACAACUAUCAGAGCAGCAUUUAAUGCAUUACCCUUUGGACAUGAUGGGAAAGAAAUAUCUGUUGAUGUUUGGGACAUAGCCGGCCACGAAAAAUAUUUCUCAUUAAACGAAUAUUUUACGAGAGUAGCACAAGGUUUAGUGUUUGUGUAUGACAUAACAGACGAAACAAAUUUUGUUCAAACAAAGGAAUGGAUGGAAAGUCUUAAAACGAAAAUAGCUGACUGUGAAGUGAUUGUUGUUGGGAAUAAGUGUGAUUUAGAACACAGAAGAGAAGUGAGCAUGCUCAAGGGUUAUGAGCUUGCCAACGAAUAUAGUGCAAAAUUCUUCGAAGUAAGUGCCAAAACAAACGCUAAUGUCCAGGAGGCAUAUAACACACUACUUAGAUCUGCAUUAGUAACGAAAGAUGGAAAGAAGGAUACAGUUCCUGAAGAAAUCGUUCAGGAUCCAUUUGCAUUACUUUUGUAUAGAAAGGCGUUGCAAGCAGGUAAAGAGAAGGAUAAGUCAAUUCGUGUUAAUAUAGUUGGAAACUUCAAACAAGGUAAAACGACACUAAUGAGAAGGUUGUUGGGACAAAAGAUCAGAGGGAUUAAAAGUACUGAUGGAAUAGUUGUAGAACAUUACAAGUGUGAAAAAGACAGAGAUGGGAAAUUACGCUAUACCAAAGCUGACGACAUUAAUAAAUCAGAAUACGUCAAACGCUUGGUCUCUGUCGCUGUGAGUGAAAAGAAUAAGGCCAAAGCGCAGCAAACACCGUCAUUGACAGAAUCAAACGUUUUGCACGAAACAAAACCAAAGGUCUUAGAAUCUUCGUUUCAUGAAGAUGACAAAGAUUUACAAAGCGACUUGAAUGCAGAAACAAAAAGUGCUCCAUCAAAUGGAGACGAAACAGUAGAUGAAGUUUUGAAUAAAAUUUCUGUUUCGUCUCCGAGGAAAAGGGGGUAUUUGCAGAAGCUCUGAAGACCAGUCAGGCGUCUCCG